UAAACAUACCAGUUCUAAACAAGCAACCUUAAACAGCUCUCUUUCCUCCAUCAACUAGCCAGAACAAGAUUCAUCAUAGUAUAAUUAGGGAUUUAAUGGGAACGGAAACAAAGUAGCAGAUCCAACAUACUUGCUGAUAGACUAAGUAGAUUUAGCCAGCUAAAUAAAUAGUGGGCUAGCCAGAGGAAAGAUUCAACUGUUCUUCAGAAAGUCAAGCAGAAGUUUGAUAGGAUCAAAUAUCAAAUCCAGGCUGAGAGUGUUGCAGCAGAAACCGGAGCUUUCUUGAAUACAACACACUGCAAGACAGACAAAUCUAACCUCACUGAGACCUAAGAGAUGUUUCCGGGAGGAUCAAUCACCUCAGUCGUCUGUUUGGUGUGUCUGGUCUGUCUGGUGCAGGCAGAAACGCAUGCAGAAACGCAGGCAGAAAUGCAACAGACAAUCCGGGAGACACAGGAGAAGGUUAAGGAGGUUAAACACUCACUGGAGUUGGCUGCUGAACAUGACAGUAAAUCCCAUGGGGAUGAGUUUAGAGAUUUUCAGCGGUAUGCCGUCGAUGUGACUCUAGACCCUGACACAGCACACCCUGCACUCCGCCUGUCUAAAGAUAGGAAAGAGCUGAGAGUUGGAGACAAAUGUCUGACUUUCACUGCAAACCCAAAGAGGUUCUAUCCUGUUAUCAUUGUCUUAGGAAAGACAGGUUUCUGCUCUGGGAGAUUUUACUAUGAGGUGCAGGUCAAGGGCAAGACCAGCUGGGAGUUAGGACUGGCCAGAGAGUCCAUCACGAGGACGGGUGGUAUAAUAUUGAGCCCUGAGAAUGGAUAUUGGACAAUAUGGCUGAGAAAUGGGAAGUACGUGGCUCUAGCUAAUCCUCCUGUCACCCUGUCCCUCAGAAAGAAGCCCCAGAAGGUGGGGGUGUUUGUGGAUUAUGAGAAGGGUCUUGCCUCCUUUUUCGAUAUGGACAACCGGAGUCAUAUCUACUCCUUCACGGGUCAGAACUUCAUAGAGAAACUCUAUCCAUACUUCAGCCCCGGCCGUGGGGGACGAGACAACUCAGCCCCAUUGGUCAUCAGACAUGUCACUGGAACCCACUGAAUUCUCACAUUUGUUUAUAAAAUCUAAAAUGUUCUUAUUUCCUAAUCUAUGGUAGUGAAAUUCCUUUGGUCAGAGAUUCAGGUUAGGGUUCAAUCUCAUAUUUCCUAAUUUAUGGUAGUGAAACUCCUUUGGUCAGAGAUUCAGGUUAGUGUUCAAUCUUCAUGUUCUGUUUUCAAUGCAUGUUUGAAAAUCUGUGUUUCCCUGUUGAAAGAUUCCAUAUUCAUGGUCAAUAAUGCAUCAGAAUAUCCUUUAUAUACCUGUAAUUCAAAGUAGAGGUGUUUAUAUGUUUCUGCUAAUACUCUCAAAUAAAGAUUGUAUAUGAAUAAACUAUGCAGUUCCUAGAACAGUAAUAAGAAAAUAAUUAUUGAUACUCUGUACAUCACAAUAACAUGUAUGUUUAGCUUGGUGUUGUUAUAAAUGAAUUAUUAAAUAAUAAAGAGAGCAAAUGAGGA